AUGAUUGUGAAAAAAUUACAAUGGAAUGAGAAUCAGGGUAAUAAUGAAUCAGUAGAUGAUUAUAAUUUGAAUGAGUUGUUUGAGACUGAGCCAAAUCUUAAUGAGCCUAAUGAGGAGCCCAAUAAAGAAUGCAAGGCACCGACUGAAACGAUUGAAGGAAAACGUAAUAUACUUAAUCGUGAUCGUGCUCAAUUAAUUCAGGAUCAAGCCAAAGAUGUAACUUUAAAUAAUUUAAAAGUCUCCGAUAUUGCGCCGUUGGAAACGGGUUUUUUUUUGCGGGUGAAUAAUGUGUUUAUGCAUAGGAAAUUUAAUAAAUAUCCCCAUGAUGGGUUUUUUCAUGUGGAUCGAAUUGUGGUUCCGGAGGUAUAUCGACCGGAAAUAUUGAAACUUGGCCAUACAAUACCCUUAGCUGGUCACAUGGGACAAGAAAAGACUUUUGAAAGAAUAUCUAUGCACUUCUUUUGGCCCCGGUUGUAUAGUGAAGUUAAAAAUUAUUGUGCAACUUGUCCUCAGUGUCAACUGGUUGAACGUAAAUUGGUAAACAAUAGGGCCCCACUUAAUCCCGUAAAAAUAGUUACGGAACCUUUUAAGAAAGUGGCUAUCGAUUUAAUAGGGGAGUUGCCACGAAGUAAAAACGGGUAUAAAUAUAUUUUGACAUUAGUCGACUAUGCAACUCGAUAUCCCGAAGCCAUACCACUUAAAACGACACAGUCAAGGGUGGUCGCCGAAGCUUUGGUGAAUAUAUUUUCCCGGGUAGGGUUACCAGAAGAGAUUGUUUCUGACCAAGGGGCAAAUCUGGUGGGGAAUUUAAUGAAACAGUUGUAUGAACUGUUGGGAAUUAGGCAUAUAAAAACCUCAGUUUAUCAUCCGGAGGCCAAUGGGUUAGUGGAACGGUUUAGUGGAACUCUAAAGCACAUGCUUUAGAAAUUUGUAGGUAGGGAGAUUGAAUCCUGGGAUAAGUAUCUGCCUUUUGUAUUAUUUGCGUACAGGAAAGUGCCGCGCCAGUCAACAGGAUAUUCCCCUUUUGAAUUAUUAUUUGGAAGAACCGUACGAGGACCUUUGACUGCUGUUAAACACGCUUGGGUUUCUUCGAAAAUAUCGGAAGACUACCUAGAUUAUGUAUUAGAAACCCGUAAAAGAUUAACACAAAUGCAAGAAAUUGUUCAUGAAAAUUUGAAAGGAACACAGGAAAAACAAAAGAAAUUAUAUGAUCGGCAGAGUUCCCGAAGGCUUCUUGGGGUGGGAGAUAAGGUGUUAGUGUUGCUCCCUACGCCCGGAAGUAAAUUAGAGAUGAAAUGGCAAGGACCCUUUAUUGUAAGUAAAGCGUUUGAGAAUGGAUUAAAUUAUGAAGUUGAUAGGGGAAAGGGGGACAAACAAAAACGUGUAUAUCAUAUUAAUUUAUUGAAACUGUGGAAGACCCGGGAGGAGUUAGCAACAUUUUCGUGUUCGGGCCCUAUAACUCCUGAGAAACAGGAGGGUUGUAACCCUUGGGGAAAUCAAAAAGAGACUUGGCAUGAUGUGGAAAUUUCCCCUGAGUUAAGCAAGGAACAAUUGAGUGCUAUACAACUUUUGUUACAAGAAUACUCGGAUAUAUUUUCUAACAUUCCAAGUAGGACAUCUGUGACCGAACACAAAAUUGAUACAGGCGAAGCAACCCCUAUUAGGUCACCUCCCUACCGAAUACCGCAGAGUUUAAUAGAAAGGGUAAAUGAUGAAUUGCACCAAAUGUUAGAGAUGGGCAUAGUUAGACCAUCGAAAAGUCCAUGGGACUCCCCUGUGGUUAUAGUGCCUAAACCGGAUGACACAAUCAGGUUUUGUGUUGAUUUUAGAAAAUUGAAUAAUAUUACCAAAAUGGAUGCAUAUCCCAUCCCUCGUAUGGAUCAAAUGUUGGAAAAGGUAGCCCAAGCUAGGUAUAUAUCGACUUUGGAUAUGACCAAGGGGUUUGGCAAAUCCAUUAAAUGAGGAUUCUAUACCGAAAUCUGCUUUUAUAACUGCCCAAAGGUUAUUUGAAUUUACAGUCAUGCCCUUUGGCAUGAAAACUGCGCCGGCGACGUUUCAACGCAUGAUGAAACAUGAGGUGUUAAAUGGGUUGGAGGCUUUUGCGGAUGCAUAUAUUGACGAUGUGGAAAUUGACACAUCCGCCAGUGACCUUUGA